UUGGGAAACGUCAACCUUUUUGACUUUUUUUUUUCUUUUUUUUUUUCCUUAAAGCCGCCACUAUAAACCUGUUCUUUAGCCAUGUCGCCGCCAUCUCAUUCUCCUGAAACGCUUCCUGUGCAAGAUCAUCUCUAUAGUUCUGGCAGAGACUCUUCUUACCCGUCAUCUUCCUAUUGGAAUCUAUCCAAUUCCAAAAUAGAUGAAGUGGGGUCUUUAAAACCCGUUUCUCUGGGACAACAUCAUGGUCUAAAGUCUCGUGUUACCGUACAAUCGCGCGAUGAUUAUGAUGAGUCUGAAGACCCAGAUUUUACCUUAGUACUCCCUUCUAAUCGUCUUUAUAUCGUCAUCCCAGGUCUCAUGCUAUGCAUCUUUCUUGCUGCUCUUGAUCAAACCAUUAUUACCACUGCCAUCCCCACUAUUGUCAAAAGCUUCGACAACAGCUCGUCCUAUUCGUGGAUUGGUACUGCUUAUUCGUUGGCAGAGACCGCCGUUUUACCUUUUGCAGGCAUCAUGAGUGAAGUGCUCGGUCGAAAGGUUGUUCUCUACUCCUCUACUAUCAUUUUUCUCCUUGGAAGUGCCCUUUGUGGUGCUGCUAAAAGUAUGAUUUGGCUCAUCUUGUGCCGCGCCGUUCAGGGUAUUGGCGGUGGUGGAAUCAUGUCCUUGGUCACAAUUGUUAUCGCUGACAUUACACCUCUUCAAACCCGUUCGUACUAUACAGGUUGUUUUGGUGCGACAUGGGGCAUUGCUUCUGUCAUGGGUCCUUUGAUAGGUGGUGCCAUUUCGCAAAAAACAACCUGGCGUUGGAUUUUUUUCAUUAAUCUCCCAACUGGUGGUAUCGCCUUGACUACACUAAUUUUUUUCCUUAAUUUAAUUCCUAAGCCAAGAACCUCAUUUUCACAGUUUAUGAAAACUUUUGAUUUUCUUGGCAUCAUCACCAUCACCAUUGGCGUUGUUCUUUUUCUUCUUGGUCUUAGUCUUGGUUCUACUACCGGUGUUUGGAAGCACCCUAAUAUCUUGUGUUAUCUCAUUAUUGGCAUUCUUUGCCUAGUUGUUUUUGCUGUGAAUGAAACAUAUACCAAGCGUGUGAAAAUUAUGCCUCCUUCUGCAUUUAAAACUAUCUCUCUCACCUCCAUUAUGGUCACCUCCUUCUUGCAUUACUACAUUAUGUCCACCAUCACGUACUACAUUCCCGUAUACUUGCAAAAUGUUAAAGGCGAUGGUCCACUCAUGUCUGGUGUCCACACACUCUCCUUCGCAGUUGUCUCUUCCGUAACCUCAGCUAUUAGCGGCUUUAGCAUUGGUAAGCUAAGGAAUUAUACAUACUUUAUGAUUGGUGGCUGGAUUAUUCUUCUAGCUGGUGCAGGCUCUAUGAUUGCCAUUCACUACAAAACUGACAUCUCCAGAGUUAUGGGUUUCAUUGCAUUAACAGCCGUUGGUGUUGGUAAUUUGUUUCAACCUAAUCUAAUUGCCUUACAGGCAUCUGUCCCUCCCGCAACCAUGGCAACUUCUUGCUCUGCUUUCAUGUUGCUUCGAAAUAUGGGUUCCUCUAUUGGUAUUGCUAUUGGUGCAGUAAUUUAUGAUCAACGACUGUCUACGUUGCUACAAGGCAUGUCUUACGAUAAAAAUAUGUCGUAUUCACAAAUCCAAGCAAUUGCGGAUGUUUCAAAAAGAGAACAUAUUUUGAAUGCCCUUGCAGAUGCCAUUAGGAUGAUUUGGAUUGUCAACGUACCUUUCGCGGCGUUAGGAGCAAUCUUGUCAUUUCUUACAAAGCAAAACAAGUUAAGCCAAAGUGUAUUGCAGUAUGAUGAGAGUAAAGAGAAGAAUAACCAUGAGCGCCAAGAAAUGGAAAAGCCGUAAGUAGCGGAAUUGAUUUUGUAUUUAUUUACAUGGAUAUGGAUAUGGAUAUUUAUUAUAGGUUUUGAUAGGAAUGAAUAAUAAUCUAUGUGGUUUUUUAAUUUCA